AUGAGGUUCGGCUCAGCGUCAUCCAAUAAAGAGCAGGCUCGACUGGGCACUUUCCAGAUCAGCCACUAUCCCGGCGACCCCUCGGUCAAGGUCAUGUCAGACCAACUCCUUCGCGGCCACCCACCUUACUCUGUAAACCGUCGCAAUGGGCUGGACGAGCCCGUCAUCGUCACCGCCAUCGAUCUCAAGAAGCUGACCCAGCAAAUUGCGGGCUAUGGCAUGGAAGAGAAGUUGCGGCAGAUGAAAGCGGACGACCGCCAGGAACGCUACCGGCUUUCCAAAGAGCGAGUAGCCAACUGGGAAAACACAAUCGCCGGACAGCGACGCAAAAAGCUGCAGUUUCGACAGGAAAAGUACGAGGCCGAGGAAGCCGAGAGACAGAUUCUCGAUAAGCAGUAUAAGCAGGACGAGGCCGAGCGACGAAGAGAGGCCAUCAACCGCGCAAAGAAGCUGCAGUACUAUGAAACAGAUCUCGUCAAGGCCUUCCACAGCAAAGUGCUGUUGCACCAAGUGCUGCAGGAAAGAGACAAGCAGCUUGCCCUGAAAAAGGAGAGACAGGAAAUCCAAAAAGCAGAGGAUGGAAAAUAUCUACGAGCGGCCGAGGCCAAGCUUGCAGCAGACAUCGAGGCAGAGGCAAAGGUCAACAACGAAAACCGCAAGCGUGACAUCGCCACAGCGCACGACCAGAUGCAGCAGCACCGGCUAAAGUUGGAUAAAGAGGAGGCAGAGAUCCAGCGUAAUGUCGAGCUCGGAAAGGCAGAGCUAAAAGCAGACCAAGAGUAUAAGAUGUGGCAACAGGCGCGCGAAAUCCAGCGCAGGGCCGAGGGAAAGGCCCUGCAGAAGGAGUUGCUGGAGAUGGCCCGUGAUACCAAGGUGCGAGCCCAGUCGGCCAAGUCGAGAGAUCUCGAAGAAGAGAAGCGAAUACACGCCUGGACUGUCCGCAAAGCCCAGCAGGUUGCCCAGCGAAAACGGGUAGAGAAGAAAUGGAUCGAAGAUGGUAUCCAGAUGCGCGAGAAGCUUGGCGAGCGGCAGUUCAAGAUAUGCAAAGAUGAGGACAUCAAGCUCGAAGAGAGAAUCGCCAAGGCCGCCAAGGAGAAAGAAGUCCAUGAUAUUACGGAGAUAUUGGCCCAGGAGGACAAGAAGAAGCGGCAGCAGGAGGAACUCAAACUGUACUUUAAGGAGUCGAUUCGCCAAGCCGAAGAGGCACAGAAAGUGCGCAAGCAGCUCGAAAAGCAGGAGCUGGAUGAGUACAUGAGGAUACACAAAGAGGUGGUUGAGGAGGACAUUCGAAGGCGAGCCCGAAACCUCGAGACCGGCAAAAAGCUGCAGGAGUUCCACAUUCACCAGAUGGAACAAGCGCAAGCCACCCGGCAAUGUGAGCGGCAGCGCAGCAUUGAUUUCGACAAAACCAAGACCGACCAGCUGCGCAACGAGGAGCAGGAUCUUCAGAACUACAUGCGCGACAUGAUGACCACCGAGAAAUGGGCUCAAGAAAACCCCAGGCUGAAGGCGUAUAUCCACAACCAACUGAGCCCGCACGCUACAAAGAAGGACCUCGGUCGACACUCAAGUGCCCGUCGGCAGCGUGUGAACACUGCCAUGCGUCUGGGCCUGGUUGGCCGAUACGGGAAAGUGGAUACUGCCCGAGCCAAUCCUAUUUGCGCUGGCGACUUUCUCAAGGUCGUGGGCGAGCCUCUGGAUCUCCCGGGCAAGCUCACUCCCGCCCUGGUUGCCGCCGCCAAAGCACCCGAGAUCGCUUAGGUCGUAAUUGCUGGGUACUGGCGGCGCCUGUAUCAAUCCUCAUGCACGACACGACAUGGAGCAACUCCCAGU